AUGGAGGUUGGUAGUUCCAGUAGCACUUCAUUUUUGAUAGCUUUUGGGGACAACGUUAAUGCUUUGUGUCCUACGAUGCUGCCUUCGAUGACUUCUCAUAAUGCAGAUAGCAAUACCCUAUUUCUCCCUCUUCUUCCCACCACCAACAAUCAAAACCUAAAUCUUCACAAAAGCGCCGGUAAUUCUUCUGUCAUGGUUGAGGAACAAAAUAACAGUACCAAUACCAACAAAAAUCCAAGCACAGGGUAUUAUUUUAUGAAGCCGUGCUAUAGCAACAACGACGACGACGGAGAACGGUCUUUCAAGGCGAAGAUCAUGGCUCAUCCUCAUUACCAUCGUCUCUUGACUGCCUUUGUUAAUUGUAAAAAGAUAGGAGCGCCUCCUGAAGUGGUGGUAAGACUUGAAGAAGCAUGUGCAUCUGCGGCUGCAAUGGGCCACAAUGGAACAAGCUAUAUCGGUGAAGAUCCGGCGCUCGACCAAUUUAUGGAGGCUUACUGUGAAAUGUUGACAAAGUAUGAGCAUGAACUUUCUAAACCCAUCAAGGAAGCCAUGCUUUUUCUUUCAAGAAUCGAGUCCCAGUUUAAAGCCUUCGCACUAUCCUCUGAUUCUGCUUGUCCUGAGGCAAUGGAUAGAAAUGGUUCGUCUGAAGAGGAGUUUGAUGUGAAUAAUAGUUUCAUAGACCCCCUGGCAGAAGAUCAGGAACUAAAAGGUCAGCUCUUGCGAAAAUACAGUGGAUACUUGGGCAGCCUCAAGCAGGAGUUUAUGAAGAAAAGGAAGAAAGGUAAGCUGCCCAAAGAAGCCAGACAACAACUGCUAGAGUGGUGGAGCAGGCAUUACAAAUGGCCAUAUCCAUCGGAAUCACAGAAGCUGGUACUUGCCGAAUCAACAGGACUGGAUCAGAAGCAAAUAAACAAUUGGUUCAUUAACCAAAGGAAGAGGCACUGGAAACCUUCGGAAGACAUGCAGUUCGUGGUAAUGGAAGCUGCUGCUGCACAUCCACAUUAUUACAUGGACAAUGUUUUGGGAAAUCGUUUUUCAAUGGAUAUUUCACCAUCCCUUCUCUGA